AUGGGCACCAUCUCUUUCUUUGCUUCGCUUUUGUUAUCAACUUCCUUGCUUCAUUUGUGCUUGUUCUAUGGGGUGGCCGCCGGUGCUGGUGCGUCCAACAGGAAAGCAUUGGCACAGCCACCAAGUGGGAAGAUUAGCCCUCGAGUUCUAAAAUUCUACCCCAUAAUUCAAGAGUUCAAAAAAAGAAUCACCUACGACCCAAAAGGCAUUUUGAAAACAUGGGAUCCCAACGAUAAAAACGUAUGCAAUUACAAGGGCUUCUUCUGCGACAUUUUUCCGGCCGACAAACAAAUGACAGUUGCUGGAGUAGACUUCACCGGCUUCGGGUUUGCUGGUAAGCAAGGCCUCACUCUCUUUGGGUUCAUUGAAAAGUUAACCGACAUUACCGUUUUCCACGCCAACUCCAACAACUUCACCGGUGGCAUCCCCAGGGAGAUCUCCACCAUUCCGUACUUCUUCGAGCUAGACCUUAGCAGCAACAAGUUAACUGGCCAGUUCCCAAUCGAAGUUCUUGGUGCCAAACAACUGACCUUCUUGGACCUCCGCUUUAACCAUUUGUACGGCACUGUUCCACCCCAACUGUUCUUGCUUGACGUGGACGUAAUCUUCAUUAACAACAACAAGUUUGAGCAAAAGCUUCCUGAUAAUCUUGGCUCUACGCCAGCCCUUUAUCUCACUUUUGCCAACAACAAGUUCACUGGGCCAAUCCCACCAAGCAUUGGCAAAACUAAGACAAACAUCCUUGAGGUGCUCUUCUUGAACAACAAGCUCACUGGAUGCUUGCCAUUCGAGAUUGGCUACCUGGGAAAUGCCACUGCUUUUGAUGUCAGCUCCAAUUACUUGACGGGUCCAAUACCCCACUCAUUUCAGUGCCUGUUUAAUAUAGAGGUGCUUAACCUGGCUCGGAACCACUUCUAUGGGUCGAUCCCGGAGGCUAUAUGCAAGCUGCCUAACCUAAGUUACUUGGAUUUAUCAAGAAACUACUUCACCCAGGUGGGCACUGAAUGCAGGAAGUUGGUCAACAAAAAGGUUCUUCAUUUGCGAAAGAAUUGCAUUCAAGACCUUCCACAUCAGAGAUCAAAAGCUGAAUGUGCUGCAUUUUUCUCUAAGCCCCACCAGUGCCCCAACGAGAAGACUCUAACUUACAUUCCUUGUAAAGGAGUUCAUCCUCCUCCCAAAAGUUCCCCUUCAACACUACUUACCUAUGGCGCUCUUAAACCGCUCAAGUAG